AUGCGGUACGAGUCGGUCUUGUCGUUCGCCGCCAGCUGGGUGCUCCCAACAGGCCUGCAAUCCAGGCAGUUCGAAUCAACCUGUCCUGUUUCCUGCCGCACUGACCCAGGCCACUGGACUGCGUACACGUCGCUGGAGAAUCUAAACGCCUGCGACCAUCCAGUGUUGCUUGACUUCUCCUCACAAGACUCCCUCGACUCGCCCAAUGCUACCUUCAAGAUAGUCGCCUGCACCAUCGACGACGAGCCUGAUGCCUCGUUCGAGUCGCGAUCCCUGCCACGCGAUGUGCAGAAUCAUCCGAAUCUGCCUGAUCUCCUGCAGCUGGACUACCUCUUCCGCUAUAUGCAAACCUUCCUGACCCGCACUCCGACGCACAGCACACGCAACCUCCUUGCUUAUUUCAACACUACCUCCGUCGGCCUCUACAGCGGCGCUGCCACCGACGAUGCUUUUAUGAUCUCCCUCGUUGAAGGCAUGCGCGACUGGACGACCGGCAACCCAGAGAACAAGAGCGCCGCGGUACAGUUUUGCAGUGGGGAUCACCAUGGAGACCACACUUUUGGCAUGGCCUUUGACAUCGCUGGCAAUAUGAACACCGUGAAACUGGCCCUCGAUGCGUGGACAAACGCGCAAUGUGUGGAUGGGCCGGAGUUGCUCGAGAUUGAGGAUAUUCCUGCCCUCGCAAAGUCAAUUCACCGACAUGAUUUCGAACAAGUCGUCCAUGUCUCCCACCAGUACUCACCGGAGUUUGGCUGCGUCGUGGAAACAAGUAUUUACGGAGACACAUGCAAGACCUUGUCGGAUCGAUGCAGGAUCUCUGCGGAUGACUUUUUGAGUUACAACCCGGGGAACGACUUUUGUUCAUGGCUCCAGCCUGGCCAGCAAGUAUGCUGCUCGAGCAAAGAGUGGGCAGGCACCCAACCUGUCAUCAACGAGGACGGUUCAUGCGCGAGCUACAUAACGCAGCCCAACGACACCUGUGCUUCCAUUGCUGAGGCACACCACCUGGGCUUGCUGGAUAUCAGCUACUUUAAUGACGGGCGAACCUGGGGCUGGAGUGGCUGCGACCCACUUGAGCCUGACGUGAGAAUCUGUCUAAGCACAGGAAUCCCUCCCCUGCCGCUCCCUCGAGAUAAUGCAGUUUGCGGUCCCACAGUGCCGGGUACACAAAUACCAACUGACGGUACACCACUUGCGUCACUGAACCCGUGCCAGCUGAACUCGUGCUGCAAUACCCUGGGCCAAUGUGGCGUCUCUCCCGAAUUUUGCAUCUACGAAGAGGGCCCGACGGGAAACCCAGGAACAGCUCCAAAGGGGCGCAAGGGAUGUAUUUCCAACUGCGGAUUUGAGAUCAUCGAUAACUCGGAUCCCCCUGCGGAGUUCAUGCGAAUUGGCUACUAUGAAUCGUUCAACUUUGACCGGCCCUGCCUCAACCUCCGCGCAAAGCACAUCAAUGCCAGCGACUACACCCAUAUCCACUGGGGGUUUGUGACCGUCAACAGCAGCUUCCACAUUGGAGUCAACGACAUGUAUAACCAGUGGAACGACUUUCUGACUCUUCAGGGUGUGAAGAAGGUCAUCUCCAUUGGAGGCUGGGGAUAUUCGGUCAACUCCGCGAGCCUCGAUGUGCUUCGUGAGGCCAUGGAUCCCGCAAACGUGGAUUCGUUCAUCGUCAACAUCAUGACCUUUGUGAAGGAGCACAAUAUCGACGGGCUGGACUUUGACUGGGAGUAUCCCGGAGCUACAGAUCUCCCGAGCUUGUCCUUGGGUUGGUUGGCGGACGGCCCGAACUAUCUUGCGUUCCUGAAGAAGCUCAAGAUGGUCUUCCCCCGAGAAAAGACUGUUGCAAUCGCGGCACCUGCAAGCUAUUACUACCUCAGGGUCUUUCCCCUGGCCGAAAUGUGGCCUUAUCUCGAUUACAUCGUUUACAUGACAUACGACCUCCAUGGGCAAUGGGACUAUGGCAACUCUAUUCUCGACUGGUGUCCGAUGGGAAACUGCCUGAGAAGUCACGUGAACCUGACCGAAACGGAAUACGCGCUCGCUAUGAUCACGAAAGCAGGAGUCCCAAGGAACAAGGUCGCAGUCGGCGUGGCCAGCUACGGACGAUCAUUUGGCAUGAGCGAGCCCGGCUGCACAAGGCCAGAAUGCACCUUUGUGGGUCCCGAGUCGACAGCGCUUCCAGGACCAUGCACUGGAAUUGUUGGUCUCAUCUCGAAUGCCGAAAUUGAGGACUUGAUCAUCGAGGAAGACAUCAACGAGUCAUAUUACGAUCCUGGGUCCGACUCGAAUAUACUGGUCUACAAUGACACUCAGUGGAUUGCCUACAUGAGCAAGGCGACUCUGAGGAGGCGGAUGCAGUAUUACAAGGAUCUGAAGUUUUACGGAUACGCAAACUGGGCAGUCGAUCUGACGCACUGGAGUGGAGAUGACGGCCACCCAGAGGGGCGGCAAGACCACGAAGGUCUUGGGAGGCAAGGCCGGCAUUGUAUGUGA